UUUCCUCCCUCAGCGCCAUUUUGUGGCUGCGAGACCCGCAAAUAAAGGCUCUCGCCAGCGCUGCGGCGGGAGGAGCGCGGGGGCGCCGGCGGCGGCGCGGCCUCGGCCUGGGUGACUGGCGGCGCCCGCGCAGCCUCGGGCUGGGAAGGGUGCAAGAUGACCAACGAAGAACCUCUUCCUAAAAAGGUCCGAUUGAGUGAAACAGACUUCAAAGUUAUGGCACGGGAUGAGUUAAUUCUAAGAUGGAAACAAUAUGAAGCAUAUGUUCAAGCUCUGGAGGGAAAGUACACAGAUCUUAAUUCAAACGAUGUGACUGGUUUAAGGGAAUCUGAAGAAAAACUAAAGCAGCAACAGCAGGAGUCUGCACGCAGGGAGAACAUUCUUGUCAUGCGGCUAGCAACCAAGGAGCAGGAGAUGCAAGAGUGCACUACUCAAAUCCAGUACCUCAAGCAAGUUCAGCAGCCGAGUGUGGCCCAACUGAGAUCUACAAUGGUAGACCCAGCGAUCAACUUGUUUAAAGAGCUUUGUCUUCAUUUUGUGAUGAUGGGCUCUUUCCUUUGCAGCCAAACAGGCAAAAAGUUAAUGGCGAAGUGUCGAAUGCUUAUCCAGGAGAACCAAGAGCUUGGAAGGCAGCUGUCCCAGGGCCGUAUUGCACAGCUUGAAGCAGAAUUGGCUUUACAGAAGAAAUAUAGUGAGGAGCUUAAAAGCAGUCAGGAUGAAUUGAACGACUUCAUCAUUCAACUUGACGAAGAAGUAGAGGGUAUGCAGAGCACCAUUCUAGUUCUUCAGCAACAAUUGAAGGAGACACGACAGCAGUUGGCCCAGUACCAGCAGCAGCAGUCUCAAGCUUCAGCUCCAAGUACCAGCAGGACUACAUCUUCUGAACCUGUAGAUCAGGCAGAGGCCACAAGCAAAGACUGCAGUCGUCUGGCAAAUGGACCAAGUAAUGGCAGCUCCUCCCGCCAGAGGACGUCUGGGUCUGGAUUUCACAGGGAGGGGAGCACACCUGAGGAUGACUUUCCUUCUUCUUCAGGGAAUGGUAAUAAGGCCUCCAACAGCUCAGAGGAGAGAACUGGCAGAGGAGGUAGUAGUUACAUAAACCCACUCAGUGCGGGGUAUGAAAGUGUAGACUCUCCCACGGGCAGUGAAAACUCUCUCACACAUCACUCAAAUGACACAGACUCCAGUCAUGACCCUCAAGAGGAGAAAGCAGUGAGUGGGAAAGGUAAUCGAACUGUGGGUUCCCGCCAUGUUCAGAAUGGCUUGGACUCAAGUGUAAAUGUACAGGGUGCAGUUUUGUAAUAUUUUUCCAGUAAAUUUUUAUACAGUGUCAUUUAAUUGGGGAAAGGAUACUGUCAAACAAUUAAUGCAUACUUUUGUCACAAUUUACCUUUUUGUGGGUGUGUUUUUGUUUUGUUUGGUUCCCUUUUUUUUUUUUUUUUUUUUUUCCCUUUUUUUUUUUUUUUUUUUUUUAAUUGCUUCAAUACCUCUGCCACUUUGAAAAUUGUAACAGUUAAUUACUUUGAACGUUGCUAAAAGGACAUUUUGCAUUUUGUGUGGGGUCAAGUUAUUUUUAUAUGAGUUAAUGUGAAGUUGUAAAUGGGAAUCUAUAGCAAUGACGUCUGUAUAAAUCUGUGUCUAUCUAGAACUUGUGCUGUCAGGGCACUCUUCCUCACGCUGUUGUUACUCAUGCACCAUUCAGACUUGUUAGAGUAGAUGUGGGUUUAGGACUGCCCAGUUUGCCCAGUAUAGUAGUUUUUAUCACUAAAAAGUUGGACUUGGAGUCCUAUAGUAGUUUCAGCGUUAGAUAAAAGUUUUUCCACCAUACAUCUGUGCAUUCAUCUUUAGGUGACUGAAUGUUAAGGAAUCUGUGUGCAUAGUUAAUAAGUUUUUAUAAACUGUUGUGUCCUGUUAAUGCAUAUUGCCCUGUGACUCCAGUAUAUCUCACCUGUACUGACCAAACCUAAAUAAAAAUUUUUAUUACGA